CACUGUCUAUUUUCUUGUAAAUAUUAAAAGAUUAAACUUUUUUUUAAAAAAAAAAGUAGUGAGAAAAACUUAUCAAAUACAAAAAGUGCAUUAAAGAUAUAUCUAAAAAUAUUGUAUAAUAUCAAUUAAAAAUUAAAAGAAUAUAUAAAAAGUUAAGAAUCGCCAAAUAAAAAAUAAAAAUGCUUAAAUAUAAUGAAAACGAAAAGUGAAGAAACUAUGGCGGGGAUGGCUAGUGUGUGUUGUUUACUUGAAAAUCGAAAUUUUUUAUUUUAUGUACUGAAAUAUCAAAACAUUUUAGCAACUUAAUGUUAUAUUUAGAUCGUAUUUAUCUAAAAAAGUUUGAUUCGAAAAUUUGCGGAUCCAAGGAAUUUAUUGACAAAAAAUUUCGUAUCACAAUUCUUUCACCAUACAUACAAUUCUUUCUGGUGUGCACUUCUGCUGCGUGCAGAAGGCAGGAGUGUGUUAUUUUUUUUUUUUUUGCAAGUAUACAAAAGUGGGCAGGACAUUUUAAAAGUAAAUUACUUUAAAAAAUUAAUGUAAUAUUUAAAUUUUGAAACGGAAAGAGUUAAUUUCGUUUAGUGAUUAUUUGAGCAAAGCAUUUUUCACAUCGAGGAUAUAUACCCGAUGUCAAGAAGAAGUAUAAGCGAAAACAUUCAUUGUUUGAGAAUGUAGUAGAAAAUAUAUUGUACGAAAUAUCCACAAAUGAAUAAUUAAAGCUCACACAGCUAUACUAGGUACAUAACAGGUAUAAAAUUAAAGUGCGAAAAAAAAGAAAAUUAGAAAAUUCGUAAUAUUCAAUUAUUAAGGAAUCCUUUUGCAGAUAUUCCAUUAAGAAUUUUAAUUAGUUCCCCAUUUAAUAAAAGGUUUUGACAGGAAAACUGAAGAUAAAAAAACAUCAAAAUAGAAAAUAAAAACAAUUUUUGUGUCAAAAUUUUUGCCAAAGUUUCUUUUUGGUGUCGCACAUAAUAACUAAAUUUGAUGUUAUUGAUUAUAAAACAGAAAUAAAAAAAACUAACGAAAAAACAAUCAAAAAAUAUAAACAUGAGAAAACCGCAUAUACUAAAUUUUUAUAAUUAUAUACGCUAAAUGAAAAUUAAAUGCCUUUAAUAAACAUCAAACUUAAAUAGAUAGCAAAUAAUUUCAAAAAUAAUUAUUGAAGUAGUUUUUGACCAAGAUUUGUCGAAGACUCCUUUCUACAUGAAUUUAAUAGCAAUUUUCAAAACUACAAAUAAAAAUAAAAACCAUAACUUAUGUUUUAUAAAUAAGAAAUGUCACAAAGAGGUAAGAGAGGAAAUCGUUUGGAGAGCGAUUCAUCAAUAAUACAACAACCACCAGUUAAGCGUCGCAAAGGACGACCUACUAACAGCAAUAGCUAUAAUAAUGGCAGUGGUGGUAGUAACGGUAAUGGUAGCAGCAACAAUGGUGGUAGUACCGUGUCAAAUGCCAUUCAAAAUACAUUUUAUGAUGGUGCAAAUGUUGAUACUUACAAUUUUGAUAAAGUUUCAUCACAUAUCGGUGCUACAAACGUUUCUGGACCAACAGGUGCAUGCCCUGUUGUGUCGGCAUCUAAUUUUGUUGUACCAUCAACAUCUAAAGCGCAAGGAUCUGGCGGUGGCACUGGUGGUGGAUCAUCAUCUUCCACACAAUGGCAUGCACGUGCAAUUGGUGAUUUAAAGUCAUCAAGUAUAUAUAAUCGAAGCAGUUCAGAAGCGCCAGCUGAAUUGUUUAGGAAAGAUCUCAUUAGUGCAAUGAAACUACCAGAUUCAGAGCCACUGUCACACGAUGAAUACUGGUUAAUUACCGACCAAUGGAAACAAGAAUGGGAAAAGGGAGUUCAAGUUCCAGUGAAUCCAGAUUCAUUGCCAGAACCAAGUGUAAAGUACAUACCAGAUUAUUCACUGAUUGUACCACAGAACCAUGAUUUUAGACCACCAAAAAAUAAAUAUGUUCGCAUCACAAAAGAUGACAGUUUCUCACCGGAAUUACACUAUUUAUCAAAUGUUCCAGCAAGAGCUGAGUCAGUAUGUUCUUAUGAUCUUGAUCAAACUGAUGAAUGUUGGUUACAAAUAGUUAAUAAAGAACGAAUUCUUUCCGGGGCUGAGCCAAUAUUAGACAGUCAGUUUGAAAGGGUUGUGGAAGAGUUAGAGAUGCGUUGCUGGGAUAAAAUCCAUGCGAUAAUGAAAACUGAAGAGGGUCUUGGAAUCGAAUAUGAUGAAAAUGUUAUAUGUGAUGUUUGUCGAUCUCCCGAUUCUGAGGAGGCGAAUGAAAUGGUUUUCUGUGAUAAUUGCAACAUAUGUGUACAUCAGGCAUGUUAUGGCAUCACAACUAUUCCAUCAGGCCAAUGGCUGUGUAGAACGUGUAAUAUGGGUAAGAAGCCUGAAUGUGUUCUUUGUCCCAACAAAGGUGGUGCCAUGAAAUCAACAAAAUCUGGGAAAAAAUGGGCCCACGUUUCAUGUGCACUAUGGAUACCUGAAGUUAGUAUUGGAUGUGUUGAUCGCAUGGAGCCAAUAACGAAAAUUUCAAGCAUUCCACAAAGCCGAUGGGCUUUAUUAUGUGUAUUAUGUCGAGAAAGAGUCGGAGCUUGUAUACAAUGUUCAGUAAAAACAUGUAAGACAGCUUACCACGUAACGUGUGCUUUUCAACAUGGCUUAGAAAUGCGUGCCAUUAUUGAGGAAGGUAACGCAGAAGAUGGUGUCAAAUUACGAUCUUAUUGUCUGAAACAUAGUGUAGGAAAAGGUAAGAAAGACAAUAAAAAUAAUACGAAUAAUGGUGUAAGUGCUAACGGUUCUGAAACCGAAGACGAUGAUUGUCGGCGGAGCAGAAAGGUUCGUAAAGAUAUGACAACUGAGGAAAGAAAUCAAGUUAGAGCACAAAGAUUACAGGAAGUUGAAGCUGAAUUUGAUAAACAUGUUAAUGUAAAAGAUAUUAGCUGUCACGUUCAUGAUAUUGAUCAAGACGCGAUAACAUAUAUUUAUUACUACUGGAUAUUAAAGCGAAAACAAAAUUAUAAUAGAGCCUUAAUACCAGCUAAAUCAGAGGACGUUGAAAUACUCUCUAAUAAACAAGACGAAGAAGAAGCCGAACAACGUCGCAAAGUCGUUCAUUUGCGGCAAGAUUUGGAACGUGUUAGAAAUCUUUGUUAUAUGGUAAACAGACGAGAAAAAUUAUCACGAUCAUAUUUCAAAACUAGUGAACAAAUUUUCUAUAAACAAACAGCAAUUUUAUCUACACUUUUAAAUAAGGAUAGCAGUAAUACUAAUAAUAUGAUUAGUAAUAAUAGUAAUAAUGUUAAUAGUGUUAAUAGUAAUCAAAAUCAAUCAGGUAAUAAUAUUAGUAAUAAUAAUAGUAAUAAUGUUAAUAACGUCAAUAAUGCUAAUAAUAGUAAUAAUAAUGAUAAUAAUAACAAUGAUAACAAUAACAGUAAUAACAAUAUUAAUAAUAAUAUGAGUAAUAAUGCUCUUAAUGACAGUAAUAUUAGUAAUAACAACAAUAUUAGUAUGAAUAAUGUUAAUCUAAAUAAUAGUUAUAAUGUCUCUUCUGAUGAAUCUUUUAUAAAUGCGGUGUUGCAUGCUAAUAAUGGUCCAUCUGCUUAUGAUAAAUUUUAUUCAAGUGAUGUCAAUGUAUUUGGCGAUCCACCAAAUUCCCAAUAUAGUUUAGAAGAUAUUCUUACAACUUUAGUAAGUCGAAUUGAUACAUCUGUAAGUAGCUUAAAAAAUACUCAUAAUUCCGAUAACAAAAAAGUUGGUAAAGGUAAUAAUAGUAUUAGUACUGCAAAUGCAGUUAAUUCAGGUAUCAGUAGUAGUAUUGGCAAAGCUAAUAGAACUACUGCGUUAGGUAUUAGUGAUAGUAAUGAUGAAUUGACAACAGCCAAGGGCAAUAAAUGCCGAGUAGGUAAAAUGCCAUAUAAAAAAUUGCAACUCAAUGGAAUGACAGAUAGGAAGAAACGUUCUUCUGUUUUGUCAGCCAACAAAGGUGAAACACCUUCAGCUGUUGAUUGUAUUUAUAGUAGUGAUACUAGUAGUAGCGAUAGUAGUUCGUCUAAUUCAGAUGAUUCCGACGGUAGUAGUAGCAGCUCUGGAAGUUCAUCCUCAACUACCAGCUCUGUACCUUCUCCCGAAAAGGAUGUUAUAAGCAAUAGUAAUAAAAAGACAACCAUAACAACGGCAACACAGCGACCUAAUAGAAUUACCAAUAGAAGUGCUAGUAAAAAUUUAACAAAUUGCAAUAAGAAACAAACCUAUGCUAGAACACAAUCACAGAAACAACAACAAAAACGUAAUAAUAAGAAACAAGACUCAACAAUUGUUGGUUCCAGUGAAGAUGAGCAAAAUAUUUUAGAGCCAAAUAAAAAGAAAGUCACUACUAAUAAAUCUAACAAUAAGAAAAUAACUGAAAUUGCAGAACCUGCAUCUAACUCAAAGAAAAAUCUCCUAUUACAGCAAAUGGAGAAGGAAUUUGCUAAAGAUUAUCAGAGUGAUUCCAGUAAUGAAAGUGAAGAGCUUUUGCCAAUUAAAAAUAGAACAAGUGCCCCAACAACAGGUGCAGAUACCCGUAGUAAAACUGUUAAUAAAAAAGUGCCAAUAUAUUCGGAUACAGACUCAGAAGAAUCAAGUUCAGAUGAUGAUGAUAGUGACGACUCAAGUCAACGAGAUAGUUCAAAAGGUGAUAAUGAUAGAAGCAGCGCUAGUGAUGCUACUUCAAUUUCUGAUAAAGAAAAAGAAGUUGAUAACACUGUGACAGAUCCACAACACCAAAUGUUUAGAACAAAAGCUGCUAUGAAAGAAUUCAAUUUGCAAUCGGCUGCUGCAAAUAAAAUAAUUAAACCAAAUUCAAUUGAACCUAAAUUAAAUAGGAAAACUGUUUCCGAAAAGAAUAAGAGCAACAUGCAUUUAUCUUCCUCAGAUUUAAAUAGUUCCAUUGAAAUUAGCUCAUCUCCAACUAAGUCAUUAAACAAGGCAUCAAAACCUUCUUCAAUUAAUCAAUCACAAAAAAUGAAAAAUGAAAAAGAAAAAUCAUUUGUAAAUACGAAGGAACCAAAUAAAAAGCCUUCAAGAGAACAAAGUAGAAAAUCAAAUACUAAAACAGUCAAACAACACUCAAACUCAACAUCAAAACCACAACAUACAGAAACCAAAAUUAACCAAAUAUCUAAAACACCUAAGAAUUUUCCAACCGACUUACUCGUUGUACCUCAAAGACAAGCGGCUAAGAAAGCAUCGGAAAACAUGCGUUCCAAUAAUGUUUAUUCAGCUAUGGCUAUAGCGUCUAGUGCUGUUGGAGGUAGAAAAGAUUCGAGAGACUCAAGGUUUGAUGAAAAAGAAACUAUUUCUGACAGGGUACCUCCUUUACCUUCACCGGUCAAUAGUAUAAAAACUGUUAAAGAUCAAAUUAGCGAAUCUAGUGCUGCUAAAGAUAAAGAAAAUAAAGAAGAAAAUGAAAGUAAAAAAUUGUUUGAGAAAGAAUUAAAGGAUAAAAUUAGUAAGGAAAAAUCUGAUAUAUCUAUCGCAAAAGAAAGAGAUAAAAGGAAUGAGAUUAGGGAAAGAACAUCCAAACGUGGUCGGCCACCAAAAACCACAAAAGAUGAAGUAGUCAAAGAAACCCAAAGCUCUUCAAAAGAAAAUUCUCAUACCAGAGAUCAAGUUCAAAAAGAAAAAUCUUCAACGAAAAUCUUACCAAAAUCAAGGCCUCCCAGUCCUGAACCUAUUAAGACUUCUAGUUUAGUUGGUGAAAAAGAAAAUUCGAAAGAAAACCUAAAAGAUAAAACUGCAGGUAAAAAUGUUUUAGCAAAUGACUUGAGUAAUUUAAUGGCAGCCUUUGUACCUCAACGCCAAGCUGCAAAAAAGGCUGCGGAGCAUAUAAAAAGUGGCUUAAGCAAGCCCAUAGCCACACCUGCAGAUUUAGAAAAAGAGGCUGUCGAGCUUAAAGAUAAGGAAUCAAAUACAAGAUUGUCUUCCUCAACUCCUAUUGGUUUGCUACCUAACGAAAAACCUUCUAAAGGUACAACAGAGGUCAGUAACGAAAAACAAACAUCUUCAACAAGAUCCACAACAACAGCAUUAAGUAAGCCAAUUACUAAAGAGAGUAGAACUUCAAGACGGUCCAUAGCUGUUGUUAAAGCUGAAACCAAAGUCGAAAAAGAACAACCAAUGCCAGUUAAGAAAACAAGACGUCAAAAUUCUUCGAAGUCUGAAUCAACUUCAGAUUCUAGUUCUGUCAAUUCGGAUGAUUCAGAUAACGAUUUAAGUAGUAGUAGUUCAGCAAGUUCUAGCUCUGAAGAUGAUAGAAGUGUGAAGAGGCGAAAAGAAGUAGUUAUUAAAGAAAAGGAAAAAGAGAAAGAAAAAGAGAAAGAAAACGUAGCCAACAUUAGAAAUGUAAGAAGAAGAUCAACAUUUCAGCCAAGUACGCCACCAACAAAAAUUUUGCCACCAAGACGAAAGAGCAUGUUUAUGGAUGAUCGUACGCCUAUUGAAAAUAAAGUUCCUGUUCCACCUUUAAAAUCAACCGUUGUAUCAGAAAAAGACAAUCGUAGUUUAGUAAAGAAUUUGGAAAAGAGUUCUUCUGAAUUAGUUAAAAUGUCACACGCUGAAAGUGAAAAUCAAAAUAAGAGCGAAAUUUCAAAAGAAAACGCUAUAAGUUUUGCAAAUAAACAUUUAGAAAAUUCAAAUCGUGAUGUUAGUAAUGAUGAUAAGAUUGAUAUACCUAUAGAAAAUCUUAUGAUAAGUGAUAAUAAAGAAAAUAAUAAUACCAAAAUAAUUGAAUCCCAAGAGAAAACUAAAAACGAAAUUUCUAAUGAAUAUUCUGAAAAAAUUAUACCUCAAACUGAUAAUCUGAUCUUAGAUUCAGUGAUGUCAAGUAAUGCAAAUAGUGAAGAUAAAAGUAAAUUACAAGAAAUUACGAAUUUAGAACAAAUUGAAAAAAUCGAUGAUUUAACUAAAACGGAAAAAGAUGAUGUAAUCCAAUCAACUAAAAGUAAUGCCCAAAAUGCGUUGCAACAAACUGACGAAAAAGAAGAAACAAAAUCUAUAUUAAAUUCUGAUUUAAAUAACCAAAACAUUACGGAAAAAUGCAAGGAACCAAGAGAGAUUUUACGAGAUAACGACUUACAUUCACCUAAGCCAAAAGAAAACGAAGUUCCUUGUUUAUCGCCUCAACAUGAAAACCAAAACGAAUCAUCGCCAUCUGAAGACGAACUUAAAACGCCAAUGUCACCAAUAAUUGAAAUACCGCCAACGCCAAGGCUUCCAGUACCAACUGAAUUAGAUCCACAUCCAUCCAAUUUGACUGUGGAAAACAUGGAUAUUGAAGAAAUUGAUAAUGGAAAAAUAAUCGUUAACGAUAGUAUUAUAGAAAUGACUAAAAAGUAUUCAGCUAUGGAAAAAGAAAUGGAAUUAAUGAAAGAGAAACCCGCAACACCUACUUCCAUUCUAGAUCUCAAAGAAAAUAAUAAGGUAAUAAAUGAAAAGUGGCCAAUAACAAAUUCUGAAAUCAUUGAAGUAAUCGAUUCAUCUGAAUCAGCCCAAAGUAUAAAAAGUAUUACUGGCACAUCUAAUAAAACCGAUGAUAACCUUAAAGAAAUCCCUGAAAUCGAUGAUAUUGAGCCUACUAAUAAUUUUAAUUCAUUUGUUCGUCGAAAAUCAAUUGACCGUGAAGAUUUGUAUGCCAUUGACGAAGAUAAUUUAAAUUUCGGUGAAGAUAAUCAAAGCGGCAUCAAGAAAACAACAUUUGCUGAAGAAGAUUUCGUCAAUACAACUUCGGGUAAUGAAAAUAUUGAAAAUACUUUGAAUAAUAAAACUGUCGAAGCAGUUCUUAAUAAUGACACAGGAUGUGUUACUAAACACAAAAUACGAGAAAAUGCCUUUGAAUUGUCUGAUUCACAAAAUAAAUUUUCAGAAAAUAUAUUUGAUGCUGAUUUAAUUGAAUUACCACCACCAACUCCAUCUAUUUUCAGUGAUGAAAACGUUGAGAAUUUGAUCGUUUCUUCUGUUAAUAAAGAAGAAGAUAAUGCAAGGGAAACAAUGAAUCUAGUAGAAAAAUUGCGACAACAAAAGAACAAGCGAGCAGCUGGAAAUAAGGCUAUGGGGGCAGAUAUGCAGUCGGAAUUGACUUCAACAGUGGAUACCAUGGUGUGUAAUACGAAUUUAAAUAAUCAAAAUAACGCACAAAAAGAAGAUAAUAAUAUGCAACAGCAUAAUUUUCAAUUACCAUUGGAUCAAAUUCAUAAACAUCCGGAUCCUAAUACUAUUGUACCUAAUCGAAAAGAUACUCUACCGUCUUCAUUACCACAAUCGUCUGAAUUCCCGUCGGACAUAUAUAAUAGUUUUCAGAAUAAUAACUCAAAUAACAACCAAAAUCAAACACAAAAUGUUACAAGUAAUAUGGUUCUUAACAAUCAAAUUUCAAUGACUCCCUUUUGUGGAGGAACCCCAGAUCAGAAUAAUUUCCAGAAAAGUGUUGAGCAAUCGCCUAUUAAUCCGUCUCCUAUUGGUCCACAUACACCAAUGGGUCCAUCCCCUUUAAGUACUCAAGGAGCUCAAACACCAUUAGGAUCUCACACUCCAUUAGGCCCACAAACUCCAAUGGGACCACAAACCCCUCACAGUCAACACACGCCUCAAACACCUUUAGGACCACAUACGCCACAUACACCACAUACACCGCACGGCCCCUCGCCUCAUGGUCCUCACACUCCCAUGGGACCAUCUCCUUUAGGGCCACAUACUCCUCAAACUCCGCUAAAUCCACCAUCAACACCGUCUUCUAUAAUUUGUCCAUCAUCUCAAGAUCAGCAGCACAGCAUCAUAUCACCUAAUGCCAGGUCUGACAAGAGUCGCCAACAGCAACAUUCGAAUCAACGGAACAAGAACUUGUCCGAUACUCCAAAUGAGUGUUUUGACAGUUUAUCAACCUCUACAUUUUUCAAAAAUCGAGAUUUUGUCGAUAUGCACCAGCAAAUUACAAAAGACUCAACCUCAUUACGCUCUAUUUCAAGCAUUAACAAUACUGAUAAAGAACAUAAUAGAUCUUUACCUGAUUGUGAGUAUGAUGAUUCAAGUAGAAUGCAGUCACCAUUUAAUAUGCACCCUCAAAAUAUUUGGAAUGAAAAUAAUUUAAUACAAACUAGAAGGUCAGUAUCAACAUCCCCAAGUUCAAUUUCAGAAUCGAAUGAUGGAACUGAGCAAAAUAAACUUAUUAGUCGAGAUAUUUCUUGCAAUAAACCACAACAAGCAAACGUACUGCAAUCUGCGUUGUGUAAUCAACAAGCUGUUGAAAACAACUUGGUGAAAGCUCAGCCAAAUUUUUCAAGUGCAUUGCAGCAACAGGCUCAUUUUGAUAUGACUCAACCAUAUCAAAUUCCACCACAAAAUCAGCAGCCAUCUUCUAUGUCCAUGAACGGGCCAGAUAUCAUGGCACCAUAUAAUUACCAGGAAACUAAUCAGUUUAAUGAUAAUUCUGUGAGUAUGUAUCCAUCGCAUCCAUCCCAGCAACAACCGCAACCACAACAAUUGAAUAAUCAAAUGGCUGCUUUCACAUCACCAGGAAGUGUGAAUAAUCCAAAUAUAUUUUCUCAACAAAUGAGGCAAUAUACGCCACCUAAUACAAAUCAAAAUGCCGCGCCAUCGAUAUUUGGUGCACCAACAAAUGUUGUAGGAAAUUCUUCUAAUCAUUUGCACCCAAAGCAACAGCCGCAAAAUAUGCUCACAUCUCCUCCCGUCCACAUAGAUUCAACUUCUCCAUUCCAUAUGAAUCAACAGUCCUGUGUUGUAGCUAAUGCGUCAACUAGUCAAAAUAAUACUGGAGCAAAUGCGUUUACGUCAUCAAGCGCAAAUAUGGUUUUAAAUGCUGCUCUUGUUUCCACUCAAUCAUUACUAUCGCAAAAUCAGCAACAAGCACAACAACAGUCUAAUUAUGUUGGUCUUUCUGCUAAUAUGGGAUCUUUAGUUAAUCAUAUAUCACAAAAUUCAAUGCUCAAUAGUUGUGACCAGAACAAAUCUAAUAUUAGUCCUAUGGGGCCGGUUAUUGGUCAUCAAUCGCCAACCAAACCCCCUUCACGAAAUAGUUGUAAUACCGCCGGACGUCAUUUCACGCAAAAUCAAAUUAAAUCGCCACAAAUGCAUCGUAGUCCAGGCAAAAGUCCACGUCAAAUGGAGCUUUUAAAUAAAAAUAAUUCAAGUAAUGUUACUAACAAACAAAUGAAACAAAUGGGCCAGGAUAUGGACCGCCCUACUGAACGAGUAAGAAAGCCUAGAGGAAGAGGUACAGGAGCAGGACGACCAAGAGGACGAGGACGUGGCCGUGGUAAUAACUCCAAUAGAUUACUGCCAGUACCACCGCAAAUUCCUCAUGCUCUUGUACACGAAUUUGAAGGUCCAUUAGUAGGAUCAAUACAGAAUAAUUUGGCUGGAACCGUUUACGACUUAGAUUUUGAUGAAGAUUUCCGUAGUAAUGUUGAAAAUUCAAUUAAAUCCUUGCGUGAUAGAAGACGUUCAUUUGACUGUAGAAAUCAGAACCAAGUAAAUAACAAUCAGGAUUCGAUGAAAUUUAAUAGCCCAGCUUUUGGCAAUAAAAUUAGAAACUCAGUUAAUACUCGAUUAUUACCAGAACUGAAACCUCAACCAUCAAAUCAGACAUCUUCAAUUGAUAGCGCGCUUAGCACAACUUCAUCAUUACAUAUACACCCAGUUCUUCCAGGUCCAGUUGACAUGAGAACAUACAAUUCUGGUUUCGAAAGUCAUAACACAUUGUCUUCCAGUCAAGAUAGUUACAAUAGUAGUCAUAAUUUGUUAAGAGAAUUUGCUACAGGCACUGCUGAUCAUCCUUUGCCCGAAAUAGAUGAAGAGGAUGAAAAAGAAUUCCAAUCAGCUUUGAGAGCUAGCACAACUGUUAAAAUUAAACCUUCUUCUCCUCAAUUGCAUCGGCAGCAUUUACAAGAACAAAAUGUCCAUGAGCAACAUUUACAAGAACAACAUUUACAAGAUCGACGUUUGCAAGAUAUGCAGUUGCAGUUGCAAGGAAGACAAUUAGAAGACCAACAAUUGCAAGAACGGCAGUUACAAGAUCGCUUACUGCAAGAGCGUCUUCAUAAAGAACAGGAAGAAAAAGAAAAACAAAAGGAAGCAGAAGCUGAAGAUCGACGACAAAAAGAAAGGCAACGACGAGAAGAUGAGGAAAAAAGAUUAUUGCAACAAGAUCAGCAGUCGCUCAGUAAUGCUAGUACUGCAGAUAAUCCAACUCCCACGCCUAUGGUAUCAAACACAUUGUCUACGGUUUCUUCCGAUUUACAAAUUUCUAUGGAAACUACUUCUGAAGAAAUAUCGAUCGAUUCAGAUACAAUGACUGUUAAACAGUCUUUGUCUGAUUCUAGAAAUCAGCUCAAAUUGAAAAUCAAAGGACCAUUAGCACAUGCAGUCAGCUAUAAUUCGUCAUCCAUAUCUUCCAGUCAUACCCAAGCAGUGCAAUCACAAUCUGAAUCGUUGCCGAUAAAUCAACCAUCAAUGACAAGCUCUGGAUCUGGGGGUGGAAGUAUUCGCAGAAUGCGCAAAAAAGAACUUUUACGGCAAUAUGUAUUCCAGGAUAUGAAUCAAGAAGAUUCUGUAGGAUUACCAGGAACCGCAGAUAACACUUUAUCGUUUGGUUUAGAUCAAUCAAAAAUCGAACUCCCAAAACAAUCAAAUGAUUCUAUUUUGUCAUCCUUAAUAGCAAGCAAAGAUGAUGAAAGUCUCAAAAGUCGUAAAAAGACACCUGGUUGUGGAAGGGAAUUACGUCAACUAGAAACAAAGAAUUAUGAUUUGGAACAACGAUCAUCAGAAAGAAGGCGAAGUAGCGCUUGUUCAUCAGGAAGCAACAGUGACUUAAAUAUCAAAAAUUCUACAAAACGUCGAAGUAAAAGUAAACAAUCAGAUGGUAUCGUUCCAAAUCCUGUUAGUGGUGUUUCAAAUGAGCUUAUUGACCACCACGUAGUAGAAGAGCAUGAUGCACCUUUGAAAAUUAAAAUCCGCAAUAAUGCUGUGGAGCCAGCGACCUCAUUUCCUCCAAAGAAACGUAGAAUUUCUGCAUCUAAUUUCUCAGUUCCUAGUUUUGAAAUGUUAAAACGAGAUAGCAUGAUGUUUAGAAAACAAGUAAUGGCAUCGUAUGGGGAUCCGGAGGAUAAUCCACAACUUGUACAGAAAGUUAAAUCCCAUAAAGUGAAAAAUAAGGAUAAAGACCGUGAUAGAGAAAAGAAGAAAAAGCAUAAGGAUAAGGAUAAGGAAAAAUAUCAUCAGCAUCACUAUCACCAUCACCAGUUUCAAGAACACCAUUUGCACCAGCAGACACACGAUGAAAUUGAAGUUAAACAAACCAUGCCUACGAAACUUAUUAUCAAGCUUAAACGUAGAGCCGAUGAUGAUCAAUUAUCACUCGGUGGCACUACCACUGAUGGGAAUGAAAGUACCACUUUUUCAGUGCGUUCAGCUUCUCCAUUGCCAAGCUGCAGCAGUAAUAACAGUCAAAUGGGUGAUAUAAAUAAAGGUCAUAUGACAUCAACUUCAGGCAGUGGCAGCGGUAUUGGUGGAUUAAAAUUAAAAAUUAGUAAAAAAUCAGAUGGUUAUGUGAUUGGCGAUGAAAUGUAUUCAAAAAGUAGUAGUAAUAAAGAUAGUUAUAAAUACGGUAGUACAAAUCCAGCAAAAAAAUCAAAAUCAAGUACAAAAUCAAGUUCCAGUAAAAAUAGAAGCAGUAGCACAAAUUCAUCAAAAUCUUCGUCAUCAUCAAUGUUACAAAUCACAAACGAAAAUAGUAAUAGUUGUCCAAUAAAUAAUAAAAACGAGUUAAUUGAUAAUAAAAAAAUUCCGGUUGUAGUUUUAACGCAAACUCCAAUACCUGCAAGCGCUGUUGCUAAAUUACAUUAUAGUAGAUCAAGAAGUCAUAGUCGUACAAGUACCCCAGAUUCAAUACGUAGUUCCGCAAGUUUAAUUUCAUCAUCAGCAGCGGGAACAGCUACAAUACCAUUUAAUAGUGCUAAUGAUAAUAUGGAUGAUAAUGGUAAUAAUGAUGAUAUUAUAGGUGGUGAUGAUGGCAUAAGUAUUGGUGGACGAAGCCGAGAUUUUAAUAUUGGUAGUGAAAAUAAUAAUGGUGCAAUAAUUAAUUCCCUAACAUCAACGCCUAUUGAUAAAAAUUUUAUUGAACCAAGCAAUGAUAGUAGAAGUCAUAUGAAUUUAGAAGAUAGUAAUAAUAGCACAAAUUCUAUGAAUCAACCAUUACUUAUAAAUAAAAAUAAUGAUUUAUCAGCAUCAAUAAUAGAUAAUACAAAUAUUAAUUUAAAUUUAACAUCAACAAUAAAUUCAACAACAACAGCAGAACAACAGCAACAAUUUACAUCAUCAAUAACAACAACAACAACGACAUCAAUAACAAUGCUAGAAACAACAUCAGUUAUUAGAGAAAAUACAAAUAUAACUGGUGGUAAUAUAAAUAAUUCAAUAUUAAACUCCGACAACAAUAAUUCUAAUAAUUUAAUUUCAAAUACAACAUUAGGCUUAUCAAAUAAUGAUAAUAUCCUUCCCUUCAAUAAAGACUGUGAGAUUAGAUGAUAAUAAAUUUAAGUUGGGAUUUUAUUUAAAUAGCAAAUCUUAUAAAGAAUAUAAAAAUAACCAUAACUAGUUAAAUAUAGAAUAUCUUUCGACAUUUUAAUUUAAAGAUUUUAAAACAAUUUAAGAUAUAGGGUAAACUGGGAACCAAAUGUUUUUUCCAACUAUUAUAUUUUUUUUUUUUUUUUAAUAAUAUUUGAAAGUUUGAAUUAUUUUUUUUUUCUACAUCAAAUAUUUAUAAUAUUACAUGUAAGGUGCGGAAAUCUUUAGAAAAACUUUUCAUCAAAUUUUAAUAAUAUAUAGAAAUUAAAAAUAAAUACCUUUAAUUAAAGGCUCAACAUUCUUAUUAAAAAUUUCAUAAUAUUUUAUAUUGGUCAUAUUUUUCAUAAUAUUGGUUAUAUUAAAACUUAGUACAUGUAUAUACAAAAUUUUCU